GCCCAUGAGGGAGCCGGGGCCGCCUUCCCGGGAGCGGCAGAAGAUGGCGGCGGCCGCGGGCUGGACGCUUCUGGCUCUGGCGCUGUGUCUGAGCGCGGCGGCCGCGACCGGCGGCUCCGAGGGGAAGCGGCCGCCCAAGAAGAAGGACAUUCGGGACUACAACGACGCGGACAUGGCCCGGCUGCUGGAGCAGUGGGAGAAAGAUGAUGACAUUGAAGAGGGAGAUCUCCCUGAACACAAGAGGCCUCCGGCACCAAUAGAUUUCUCAAAAAUAGAUCCAGGCAAGCCUGAAAGCAUCCUGAAGCUGACAAAGAAGGGGAAGACUUUGAUGAUGUUUGUCACAGUGUCAGGAAAUCCAACAGAAAAGGAGACAGAAGAAAUCACCAGCUUGUGGCAGGGCAGCCUCUUCAACGCAAACUAUGAUGUGCAAAGGUUUAUUGUUGGCUCCAAUCGGGCCAUCUUCAUGCUGCGGGAUGGUGGCUAUGCCUGGGAGAUCAAAGACUUCCUGAUCAAUCAGGAAAGGUGUGCAGAUGUUACUCUGGAAGGUCAGGUUUAUCCUGGCAAGGGAGCAGAUGGAAAUGAGAAAGUGAAAAACAAAACAAAACCUGAAAAAGCAAAGAAGAAAAAAGACACAGAGAAGAAAUCCAACGGUGUCAAAGAGGACAACCGAGCAACCAACCAGAGAGAGGAGCUAUGACAGCCACGGUACCCAGACUGAAUCCUGCUCUGCUGCUCCUUGAAGGGAAUCUGCUGAUGAGUCCUGGGUUUUGGGGAGGAAGGAAGCAGAGACUACUGAAGUUUAAAUUUAUGUUGAAAUUCACAAGUUUACUCAUUG